UUUUGGACUGGGCUAUGGUCAUUCACAAAAUGCCCUAAACGUCUUUAUCCACAAAAUAUGGACGCGCCUGAUCAAAGCCCAGGCAUCAUCAUCUGUGCAGCCCAAAUCCAACAUCCAAGAAAAGCUCCACGUCAUUAAAAAGAAACUAAUAAAUUAAGAAAAAUAAAAUAAAAAGAGUCACCUGCCCUACGCCAACCACCGCUUCAAGUUUCCUCUGUUCUCUCGCUUCUGCUGUUUCGUUUUACCACCAAAAAGUUUUUACUUAAAGGCUUCAAAAUCUUCAUCUUCCUCGAAGCUGAGCUGAACUCUCUCGAAAACGACGCCGUCUCUGGCCUCAGGUACCUCCUCUGCGAGUUCCAUUAACCGCUGUUUCCCUUCCUUCUUUGUUGCGCUUUCGAAUUAGGGUUUAUCCUGCCAAACCCUAGGCUUAAUCCUGUUUGCACGAUACUAGAGCAAAAAUUUGAUCGUCAAGUAUGGGGGAUAGUGAGACAGUUGUUGCUCAAACAUCUGCAGUGAUGGGAUAUACAUCAGCAGGAUAUACCACGACGGGCUACACUGAUGCCAACUCAAAUAUUGCUCCUGAUACUGGUGCCUUGCAUUCUAAGGAGACCACAGAGUUUUCUACUUCUGCUGCUCCUGCAGAUGCAUAUUCUGCGGAUCCCAAUUCUCUCAUUCAACAAUCAGAUAGUUACACGACAUAUGAGACUAAACCAUCUGUUGGAGUGACAGAUGCCGGUAAUGAAAAUGAAGCCAUGGAGUCAUCUCAUGCUGCUAGUUAUGAUUCUUCUGUGAAUGGUGUUGCUGCUUCUGGAACAGGAACUGUUUCAUCUGUUGAUAAUGGAGAUGCUACAGAUAAUGUGGCCGGAUCUGUUGAUGUUCAACAAUUUGGAGAUGGUUCUGCUAUGUCUGCUGAAGAAGAAAGACUCUGGAACAUUGUGAGAGCUGAUUCCUUGGAUUUUAAUGCCUGGACUGCUUUAAUUGAAGAGACAGAGAAAGUUGCAGAGGAUAACAUACUGAAAAUUCAAAAAGUUUAUGAUGCGUUUUUAGCAGAGUUUCCUUUGUGUUAUGGUUAUUGGAAAAAGUAUGCGGAUCAUGAGGCACGUCUAGGUUCUAUGGAUAAAGUUGUGGAGGUUUUUGAACGAGCAGUUCAAGGUGUUACCUAUUCAGUUGACAUCUGGUUGCAUUACUGCAUAUUUGCCAUAAGCACAUAUGGAGAUCCAGACACUGUUAGAAGGCUUUUUGAGCGAGGAUUAGCUUAUGUUGGAACCGAUUACUUGUCUUUUCCUCUUUGGGAUAAGUACAUAGAAUAUGAGUACAUGCAGCAGGAGUGGGGCCGCCUUGCCAUGAUCUAUUCACGAAUAUUAGAGAAUCCAAAUCAACAACUGGAUCGGUAUUUCAACAGCUUUAAGGAGUUAGCGGGAAGUCGGCCACUCUCAGAAUUGAGGACUGCUGAAGAAGCUGCAGUUGCAGCAGGUGCACAUUCGGAGGGUGGUGACCAAGUAAAUGGUGAAGAGGUUGGAUCUGAUGUUGCAGAACAGUCUCCUAAACCUGUAAGUGGUGGCUUAACAGAGGCAGAGGAUUUGGAGAAGUAUAUCACCAUUAGAGAAGAGAUGUAUAAGAAAGCUAAAGAGUUCGAUUCUAAGAUCAUUAGUUUUGAAACAGCUAUUAGGAGGCCGUACUUUCAUGUGCGGCCCCUCAAUGUUGCAGAGCUUGAAAAUUGGAACAACUACCUAGACUUUAUAGAAAGGGAAGGCGACUUUAACAAGGUGGUCAAGUUAUAUGAAAGAUGCCUAAUUGCUUGCGCUAAUUAUCCUGAAUACUGGAUUCGAUAUGUUCUUUGUAUGGAAGCCGUUGGAAGUUUGGAUAUUGCCAAUAAUGCUCUUGCUCGUGCAACCCAGGUCUUUGUGAAGAGAAAACCAGAGAUUCACCUUUUUGCUGGUCGGUUCAAAGAGCAGAGUGGGGAUAUACCUGGUGCUCAGGCUGCCUAUCAACUUGUACAUUCUGAAAUUUCACCCGGGCUUCUUGAAGCAAUUGUUAAGCAUGCAAACAUGGAACACCGCUUGGGAAAUGUGGAAGCUGCCUACUCUUUAUACGAACAGGCCAUUGCCAUUGAAAAAGGAAAAGAGCAUUCACAGACAUUACCCAUGUUGUUUGCUCAGUACUCUCGGUUCACAUACCUGGUAUCUUUGAAUGCUGAAAAAGCUAGAGAAAUUGUAGUUGAAGCGCUUGAGCAUGUACAGUUGUCAAAACCACUACUUGAGGCUCUGAUACAUUUUGAGUCAAUUCAGCCACUGCCAAAGAAAAUUGAUUAUUUAGAUUCAUUGGUUGUGAAGUUCAUAGAGCCCAGCUCAGAAAACCCCAAUUUCGCGAGUGUUACCGACAGAGAAGAGCUAUCUAGUAUCUAUUUGGAGUUUAUUAAUCUAUUUGGAGAUGCACGGUCUAUAAAGAAGGCCGAGGAUCGCCAUGCCAAGCUCUUCUUACCUCAUAGGAGCAGCCUGUCAGAGAAAAAACGUCAAGCUGAGGACUUUUUAUCUUCCGACAAAGUAAAGAUGGCAAAGUCUUACUCUGGCGUUCCUUCGCCUGCCCAAUCUAUCAUGGGAGCAUACCCAAGUGCACAAAGCCAGUGGCCAGCUGGUUAUGGUGUACAGCCGCAAGCUUGGCCACCAGCUACGCAACCUACACAGGGACAACAGUGGACCCCUGGUUAUACCCAGCAGCCGUACAAUGCAUAUGGUGGUUAUGGAAGUGGCUAUGCCAAUCCACAAAUGCCCACAACGACGCCACAAACUGCUGCUUAUGGGGCAUAUCCCUCUACAUAUCCUGCUCAGCAGGCCUUCCCUCCACAAAGUUACGCGCAGCCAACCGUGGCAGUAGCAGCGGCAGCUACAGCACCAGCCCCGCAACCUGCUGCAGUGCCUCAGGCGUAUUAUGGGACUUACUACUGAGGUGGCAGGACUAGCCUGCGAUAUUUUGCCCAUGUAAUCUAAUUUUCUCCUUUUCUUACAGAACCCAAUCGACACAAGUUUUUUUUGGGGGGAACAUUGGUUUGUAGCUAACAAAGAUUUUUGAAGAGACAGGAAUUAGUGAUCAGUUCUAGUCGUGUAUGGCAAAUGUAUUUUAGAUAAUGAUUUUCAAACAUUUUUACGCUUAGAAAUUUCUCGAUCUUCAACAAUGCUAUUUAUUUGUUGCUUACUGAAAGCCUACAAAUUUUCUGA